AUGACAUCAACAAGCACUUCAGAAACCGACACUCUGGCAAUUUUAGCAGCCAUGCAUGAACCUGAACCCUUUGCUGAAGAGAAUAAGUUUAUAGAAAGUGGGGGAGAAAAACCUCAGGACAUGUACUUAGAAGGCAAAGCCUUGGUGGUGUGUUUGAUGGCGGUGUAUUUCUGCUUGUUUUUGUUUGCACUUGACCAGACCAUCAUCGUGACGCUACUUUCGGAAGUUGGAAACAAAUUCAAAGGUUUUGACAAGAUCGGCUGGUUAGGUUCGGGGUUUUUCUUCUCCAUGGCUGUCUUAGUAGCAUUCUGGGGAAAAUUGGCUCUUCUAUUCGGAAGAAAAUACACCAUGGUUGCUGCGAUUAUCUUGUUCGAGGCUGGAUCGUUAAUGUGCGCUUUGGCCGACUCCAUGAACGUCCUUAUUGGCGGACGAGUAUUGGCAGGAGUUGGUGGAGGAGGAAUCCAGACGUUGGUUUUCAUUCUUGUAACAGAGGUUCUUCCCAUCCACAAGAGGCCACUCGGAAUCGCGAUGUUGGGAUCAGUUUUUGCUGUUGCUUCUGUUCUUGGACCUUUAAUUGGGGGUGCUUUCACAACCCAUGUCACAUGGAGAUGGUGUUUUUAUAUCAAUUUGCCUGUUGGAGGUCUUGCGCUUGUGUUGUUCUAUUGGACUUUCAACCCUCCAAAACCGAAAGGCAAUGUUCGUGAAAAAUUUCGAAACGUUGAUUACUUCGGAACUAUGCUUUUGGCUGGAGGUACAGUAACUAUUCUCGUGGCGAUCACGUUAGGAGGAAGAGAAUACCUGUGGCAUUCAGGUGCAGUUAUCAGUCUCUUUACGAUAGGCGGAAUUGUAACUAUUGUCUCCUUCUUGUGGACUUUCAAAUACGCAAAACAUCCAUUAAUUCCAUGGGACAUUGCAAGGGUGUACCAGACUACAGCUGCUGGAUUUUCCUUAUUUGGAAUCUUUGGCUACUUCAUUGGCUCGAUGUUGUACCUAACAGUCUACUUCCAAGUGAUCAACAAUUCUAAUGCUUGGAGAUCAGGUUUGCAUUUAUUACCAGAGAUUGUCUCUGUUGUAGUAUCGUCCAUCAUAUGUGGAAUAGCGAUUAAGCAGAGCACGCUUAUCAAGCCAUUUGCUGUUGCCGGUGCCGUCCUAGGUUUUGUAGGUUGUGGGUUGAUCACUCUUCUUGAAGUGGACUCUUCCAACUCCAAAAAGAUUGGCUAUAUGAUUCCCGUUGGUAUUGGAAUCGGUUUGCAACUGCAAUCAUGCUUUCUUGGUGGUCAGGUUACCGCUCCGAAGGUUGCUGGAGGUGUGAUAUUUGCUACUUCAUGGAUGAAUUUCUUGAGAGCUAUGGGUGGUGCCUUAGCUGCUACAUUGGCUGAUGCUACCUACACCACAUCUUUUGUCAACAAGUUGGGCCCAGCAUUGACCAAGCUGCCACAGUCUAUUCAAGAGGAGCUUUCGCAUUACGAUUUGCGGAAGUUGAUCAACUCAUAUGGAGUUAUCCAGACCAUGAGUCCAGAAUCCCAAACGUUUAUCAAGAACGUAAUUAUGGACUCCAUCAGAAAUGUUUUCUAUAUGAACUUUGCAUUUGCGUUCAUUGCCACUGUUUCGGCCAUUUUCACUACCAACAAGAGAUUGCCUAUUGCUCCUCCAAUAGCUGACGUUGAAAAGGAUGUAGACGAAAAUGAUCAAGAUGUCCUUUAA